AGAGGCCGGAUUUACUAGGGAAACGUUGGCAGAAUUUCGUUCGCUUCCUAGAGAAUCUCGGGAUUGGCAAGAGGCCGGAGCCGAUUGCGAUUGGGCUAGUUUGGCGAGCGUAGCAGCGAGGAGACGCGAGGUGGUAGAGGCACAGGAGCGAGUCGCAUCCGGAACGUGGUGGAAAGGCAAAGUUGUUUCGAUCGGUAUUAAAGGAAGACGUUUGCUCGCGCAGUCGGCUGAGAGACCGAGCAUCGGCAAGAUCAUUGAAAAAGGGCGUGCUAACAAAGAGAGAGAGAGAAAGAGAGAGAGAGACGGGCCCGUGCGGAACGAGUCAUUUAGCGUGCGGAAUCAGUCGGACGUUGAGUUGACGCAGUAAACCGUAGCUGCUCCCGGUGGCAACGUCCAGGAGACCGGACAACGGAAAAUGUUCCACGUAAGGAGAUUAACAAGGUCGUCGAUCGCCCUGAAACAAGCGCCGACGAACAAUGACAUUAUCCACAACGCGUUGCUGCGCGCCGUGCCGGCGCUACAAGCACGCGGCUACGCCGACCAUCAGAUACCCGACCGCCUAAAGGACAUACCCACGGAUCCUAACCCGAAGUUCUUCGACAUGGUCGAGUACUUCUUCCACCGUGCCUGCCAGAUCGUCGAGGACAAAUUGGUCGAGGACAUCGGCAAACGUUCCAGGAUGAGCGUCGAGGAGAGGAAGAAGAAGGUGAAGGGUAUCCUGAUGUUGAUGGAGCCAUGUGAUCACAUCCUGGAAACGGUGUUUCCUUUGAGACGCGACUCGGGCGAUUAUGAGAUGAUAACCGGCUACCGUGCCCAGCAUUCCACUCAUAGGACACCGUGCAAAGGAGGUAUCCGUUUCUCGAUGGACGUCUCGCGGGACGAGGUGAAGGCUCUGUCCGCCCUGAUGACGUUCAAAUGCGCCUGUGUGGACGUCCCGUUCGGCGGCGCCAAGGCGGGCAUCAAGAUCAACCCGAAAUUGUACUCGGAACACGAGCUGGAGAAGAUCACCAGAAGAUUCACGCUGGAGCUGGCGAAGAAAGGAUUCAUCGGGCCCGGCGUCGACGUGCCCGCCCCCGACAUGGGAACCGGGGAACGCGAGAUGUCCUGGAUAGCGGACACUUACGCGAAGACCAUUGGUCACCUGGACAUCAACGCGCACGCCUGCGUGACCGGCAAGCCCAUCAACCAAGGUGGGAUCCACGGUAGAAUAUCGGCGACCGGUCGCGGUGUUUUCCACGGACUGGAGAACUUCAUCAACGAAGCUAACUACAUGAGCAUGAUCGGCACCACGCCUGGAUGGGGAAGCAAAACGUUCAUCGUCCAGGGCUUCGGUAACGUCGGCUUGCACUCGAUGCGUUACUUGCACCGUGCCGGUGCCACCUGCAUAGGCGUGAUCGAGCACGACGGUGCCAUUUGCAACCCGGAGGGCAUCGAUCCGAAGCAACUGGAAGACUACCGCAUAGAAAAUGGCACGAUCGUUGGCUUCCCCGGUGCCAAGCCGUACGAAGGUGAAAAUCUCAUGUACGAGCCUUGCGACAUAUUUAUACCAGCGGCGAUCGAGAAAGUGAUUACCAAAGAGAACGCUGGUCGGAUCCAGGCUAAAAUCAUCGCCGAAGCUGCCAAUGGACCGACCACCCCGGCCGCUGAUAAGAUUCUGAUAGACAGGAACAUCCUCGUCAUUCCGGACUUGUAUAUCAACGCCGGUGGUGUGACUGUAUCUUUCUUCGAAUGGCUGAAGAAUCUGAACCACGUGUCGUACGGUCGUCUCACGUUCAAGUACGAGAGAGAGUCUAACUAUCAUCUGUUGGAGUCCGUGCAGGAGUCGCUGGAACGUAGGUUCGGCCGUGUCGGCGGAAGGAUUCCCGUUACACCUUCCGAGGCGUUCCAGAAACGUAUUUCCGGCGCUUCCGAGAAGGAUAUCGUCCAUUCUGGUUUAGACUACACGAUGGAAAGAUCUGCCAGGGCCAUUAUGAAGACUGCCAUGAAGUUCAAUCUCGGCUUGGACCUGAGGACAGCCGCUUACGUGAAUUCGAUCGAGAAGAUAUUCACCACUUACUCCGAAGCAGGUCUCGCAUUUUAAGUGCCCGGUGUGUCCGAGUCACUCCAUAUCAAUCCGAGAUCGGUGACGAGAGACGAGUGUAUGAAAUUUAUGAGCCAGUAUUUUAAAAGAUGAUCCACGACAUUGUCCAGCUGGUGCUGUCCAGUCGCAGUGACAAAAGACCAAAACUAGCGGUGGAAAUAUGUCGUGUGUAUCGCGUCGUACGAUAGAUUUCUCGAGCGCAUCGUAAUAAUAUUAAUAAUAAUAAUAAUAAUAAUAAUAAUAAUAAUAAUAAUUGUUAACUUGCCUAAUGAAUUCCUUCGCACGCUCGUACGUGUACCGUCGACGGGACAAACGCAGUCAAUUCCCCGGGGUAUCCUUCGAGCGACCCUGUAAACGAUACCAAUCAUAGUCAGUCGACAUCAUCGAAACUGCCCUUUUGUUGCUGGAAAAUCUAUAUCGAUUAAUAUUCUCGACGAUACGUACGGCACGCGUAACAGCGUGCACCGUAGAUACCGCUAUACCGUACUGCCGCGCGAGGCAGCCGUUCAGAGAGAAAGGGAAGAAAAAGAAAAGAAAAGAAAAGUAUUAGUCACUUUUACCCCGCGAAUCGACCAUCGCGACGUCAGUGCAUUUUUAUAUAUCACCUGUUGCUCAGUGUAUCCCGAAGAAGAUGAUGGAUUCGCGUGUCGAUGCGUUCAGCCGUAAACACAACGGAUCGCGACGUGAAAUGGCAAAACGCCGGGACUACCGGCCCUCGCGCAGCGCGACCGAUUUUACGAGAAACAAUCUCGAGACGUCAUUUACGAUUAAGACUCAUUUCUACUGAAUGGGGGGCGCGACUUAUCAUACAGUAAUAUUGUUAUGAACUCGAAGAG